ACUUCCCAGUGCAGACUGAGGCACCAGCAGCACCUCAGCCUGGGUGGGAGGACGCAGACCUCCACCCAUCGACUGUCAAGCCUCAGAUCUGCAGAGGAUCUGCAGAGGCCCCUGCUGUCCCCCUCCUAGGAGCCCUGAAGCCCCCAGAGAUGCUGCCCCUGAUGCUGCCCCUGCUGCUGCCCCUGCUGUGGGCCGGGUCCCUGGUUCACAGUAGAAGAUAUGUGGUGAGAGUGCAGGAGUCCCUGACGGUGCAGGAGGGCCUGUGUGCCUUUGUGCCCUGCUCCAUCGUCUAUCCCUGGCACUACUGGUCUGACUCUGGUCAUGGCUACUGGUACCGGGAAGGGGCCACUUCAGGCCAGGAUGCUCCAGUGGCCACAAACAACAGAGAUCGUGAAGUGCAGGAGGAGACCAGGGGCAGAUUCCUCCUCUUUGGGGAUCCCAGGAUGGGGGACUGCUCCCUGGACAUCAGAGAUGCCAGAAGGACAGAUGAGGGACUGUACCAUUUCCAGGGGGAGAGAGAAUAUGGUGUAUUCUAUCCUCGAGGAUGGAAUAUGCUCUUCGUAAGUGUCACGGCCCUCAACAAAACACCUGACAUCCUCAUCCCAGGGACCCUGGAGUGCAACCGCCCCAUGAACCAGACCUGCUCUGUGACCUGGGCCUGUGAGCGGGGCACACCCCCGCUCUUCUCCUGGACGUCACCUACUCACCCCUCCCUGGGCCCCUGGACCCAUAAUCUGUCCUCUGUGCUCACCCUUACCCCAUGGCCCCAGGACCACGGCACCAAUCUUACCUGUCAGGUGCAGCUCCCUGCAGUGGGUGUGACUGUGGAGAGAACCAUCCAGCUCAACGUUACCUGUGCCUCCCAGAGCCCAGCAAUCAGUGUCAGCCCAAGAGACGGUACAGGGGUCAGGAUAGGUUCAAGGGUAAAGGCACCAGUAGUCUUGAGUAUAUGGAUGCAGGAAGGCCUGGAGGACGACUUCCAGAUUCCCAGUGGAGCUGAAGGACACAGGAUUGCCAUUGAGCAGAGUCAGGUACCACAGGAGGAAGGUGAUGAGGCCCACAAGGGGCAUGAGAGAUGCCAACACAGAAUCCAGUUAAUGCCUCAGGUGCCCCGUGAAUUCCCACCUGUGUUGCUUUCCUGAGGCCAUCAAAACAAGUUACCACACCGUCAGUGCCUUUUUUUGACAAGUUUUAUUCUCUUGGUUCUUGGGGCCAGAAGUUCAUGCAGGAAGUAAAGUACCUUCUCAUUCUGCCCUUCUAAGGUCUGGACUGAGACUCAUGGAACAGAGAAAGACUAGAUGCCACAUCUUGGGGUCCCAUGUCCUGAACCCCGUGAUGAGAAAUGAGGUCUGAUGUGUGGAAAUCCAGUGGUUGGUGGGACUCACACUCUCAGAGACUCAAGGGGAGAGUCCACCUUUGUGAUUCCCAUAGACUGGGGCUCUUGGCCACCCUUGGUUGGUGUCUGGGUCACUGCAGCCUGUCGCCUGGGCACACUGCCUCAUCUUGCUCUGUGUGCAGAAAGUCACCUGCUGUGUCUCUCUCAGAGGGCAUGUGUGACUACAUUUAGGAACCAUACCUAACAAGGAAGAAUCCUCUCCUGGUCAAUAUUCUCACCUCCAUCCCAUCUGCAAAAACCAUUUUCCUCAUCAGGUAACAUUUGCAGCUACCAGGCUCUCUUUGGGUGGCUAGUAUUCACCCUCUGCACUGCCCAUGUGACCUGCUGCCCCCCAUGAAUGUCCCCAUCCUGCCUCCAGACCUAGUUUGCCCUGCUCUUCCAUGUCCCAAUACAUUUCAGGGUCACCUCAUGAGGGGCACAGGUUUUUGCGAACAGGAGGAUGUUGUUCCAUAAAGGACACCAUUAAGAGAGUUAAAGGAAAAGUUACAGACUUGGAGAAAUAUACCUGCAAAUAUAAAUUUCAUGAAUGGUAUCCAGAAUAUACCCCAAAUUCUCAAGAAACCAAUGAACAAAAAACCAGCUCAGUUGUAGAAAAAAAAAUCACUAAACAACAACAAAAGAAACAACCACACUUAAAAUUUGGUCAAUUAUUUGAACAGACAUUUCUAUAAAGAGAUACAAAUGGUCAAUAAAUACAUGAAACUAUCCUCAACAUUAUUGACACUAGAUCAUUUAAUUUAAACCACACACAUGGGUUCCACCAUGAUUCUGUAAGUUUGCUAUUAUCAACAAACUGAAAAACAGAAAAUAUCAACAGUUGGAGUAGAUAUUAAAUUUCUAUGCAGCAGAAAGAAAGAAGAAGCUCCUACCCUUUGCGACAGCAUGGAUGCAACUGGAAAGCAUUAUGCUAAGCAAAAUAAUCCAGGCAGUGAAAGAUAAAUACCAAUGAUCUCAUC